GCCUUGCUGGGGCACGGGCCGUUCCUCGGGCACGUCCGGAGUAUAUCGCAACUAUCGCGUUAAAUCUACGUUAAAUUUGCAGUAUCCUUUGGUGGUUGCUUCAGUUUCGAGACAGACGAAACUCGCGAGGGUGGUUCGCGGUGACACGCGGGUUUCCGGUAACCGCGAUCUCUUUGUGUCGGGGUUACACUCCCCGGGAACGGCAUGCUCAACAAUAUCUCCGCCGGCGGGUCCAUACACGGUAUUUCCGGAGCGAAGGAUCUUCAUGCGCAGGACCUGAAGAGGCACGACAAGUUGGACGGCGUGCUGGGAGUGAAUUUGGGGACCGGGUUGUCUGCCGGUGGUGGCCUCACGCUUCAUCAGGAAUUAAUCAUGACCAUGCCUGGCGCGGGAAAUGCGGGGGCGAUCGGACAAGGCGAUGACAAACCCGCGAAACAGAAAAGACAUCGGACGAGAUUCACACCAGCUCAGUUGAACGAGCUAGAGAGGUGUUUCAAUAGGACCCACUAUCCGGACAUUUUCCUCAGGGAGGAGAUAGCUGUGAAAAUUGGCCUCACGGAAAGUCGGGUACAGGUGUGGUUUCAAAAUCGCCGAGCGAAGUGGAAAAAACGGAAGAAGUCCGCGCCGAUUUACCGUUCCACCGGCACUCUGCUACCAUCGCAUGGUCUGCCUCCGUUUGGUCCAAUGAGCUCCGAUCUUUGCGGUGCUGGAAUGUUUCAUGGACCUGCUGAAAGAUGGGGAAUGGGUACAGGUCUCGGACAAUUGGGCCAGGGAGGGAUGACGAUGGGUGGUUUUGGGCAAAGUUUAGGACAACUUGGUCAGCAAAGUACGGGAAGCCUAGGUUCGAGCUUGGGUCUUGGUAAUUCCGGGCUCCCUAUCAGCAGUCCGUCGCAGACUGUCUAUCAAGCUAGUUAUGGACUGAAUUCCCUCGGGGGUGUACACGUGACGGCGUCCCGGGGUUCGCCUCCGGGAGGAUCGAGCGUGGGCGGAGGUCAGGGUGGCGGGCUUGGAUCGGCCUUGAACUGCGGUCAGGGCUCGCCUGGGACGACUUCCGGUAGCGGAGGCGGUGGCGGUGGCGGCGGUGGUGUUUCCUGCGUGGCCGCCGAUGUGAACGCGACCGAAGCGUCGGAUUGGAGAGGCGCGCACAGCAUCGCGGCGCUGAGACGUCGUGCCUCGGAUGCGUCGCAACAAUACAGUCCACAGCCACCGCCGCCACCCGCAGGACCACCUCAAUAUGCCCACGACAUCGAGUACAAUUCCGUUUACUGAGGUGUUCCGGGAUUCUCUAUUAACUCUACUCUCAAUGGUUUUAUCGGGGAAACGUUUCAAUGAUUCCCUUGGUGGACGACGAGACGGUUCCGUACAGUCCGCGUGCAGGGUAACGCGUGAUCAGAAGAAAUAAUACUCGUUGGUCGAGGAUAUAUUUCUAUUUGCUCGUGGUUGCCCACUACGGAAGUAAAAACACUCUUGGAAAACAAUGGAAAAUUUAGCCUAGUCUCUGGACAAGAUAACAGAAGCUACAGCAACAACGAAUUUUAUCUCGUUCUCUACGUGUUCUAAAUGUUGAUUUUAAUUACCGAUUAAUUGGAAAUUUUACGAAUUGAUCUGUGGUGCAAUCAUAGAGGAACAAUUUGACGAUAACGCGCGAUGUUCGGAGUAACAAGAAGUAUACGGUGAAUUUUGAAAAAAUAUUAUAAAAUGAGGAAGUUUCCGAGAACAGGAGGCGGUAAAGUGAAGAUGGAAAAACGAUUUCCACGAAAGGAUUCGUGUCACAUUGAAGAAGCUGUGCAACACUGACGUGGUUACGUCAUAUAUGCAUAUAUUAACACUAUCACCGGUGCUCGUCGGACGAUUUUAUACGUUCAAACUAUUUCUAACACAAUUACAUUUUAAAUGAUUACUUUUAAUCUAUCAUUACUUCAGAAUCGUACCUACUGCUCAUUAAAGCAUGUGAGGUUCGCUUAAGUGCAAUCCGAAUGUAUUCUUGAACAAUUUAUUUAUUCUAUGUUACGUACUGUUUCAGCAAGAAUUUCGGAAUUUUUAGAAUUUACACGUACGAAAUUCACGAGUCGCUGCACGGUGUAACGAAAAGUAUACGACAAGUUAUUAUAGUAAUUAUGUAUGGUAUUGUAAAUAUAGUAAAGAAUUACGAUCAUUAUUGAUAAGUUUCGCGUAUAAUGAAACGGCUAAGUUAUUUUUACUUGACCAAUUUAGCAAGGUUACAAGAUUCAGGAUCCCCCGAUUGUUUGCAGUUCCUUUCACGAAUCCGUGUAAUAGAAACCAAAGGGUAUCUCUUGAUUUUCACCUAACUUACCUACAUUUCACACGUUCACGCGAAAUGACCACGAGCCUGUUCAACGAUCGCAUCAAGCUUUAAUAACGAUUAAACGAGACGAUAAAGGAGCUAGUUUUUCUUUGUUUUGCUUUCUAUAUCGAUCACAAAGUGGUUUAGAUUCUUGAGACGUUGAAACGAAUUCAAAACAAGAAAUCUUCGUUUCGAAAAGGUCAAUGUGUAAACGUAUGUGUGUACCCGUGAGGUCUUGCAUGAGAGGAACAACAGUACUUUGAGUAAUUAAAAUACAAGUUAGCACCUUCGUAUACCGCAUUUCCCGGCUAAUUUCCUAGAACGCUAUAAAUAUAGAUUGUUCUGUUGUUGUACACCGAGGCGUAAGUUUUGUAAAUAGAGUAUACGUCUAAUAUUAAUAAUAAUCGAGUAUUGUAAGCGAACACGAUAUCUCAUUUAAGAACGAACGAACGAACGAACGAAAGCGAGUAUACUUGGACAUUGUGAUAUUUUGGGCCCGCUGUUCCCGUUUUUCGUUUUUCCUCGACAGUGACCAGCCGUGCACAUGAUAUUGCAAGGGAAAAAUAAAGCGGCACCACUAAUAAAAACGUCGACUAUUCUAACGAGACGAGACAAUAAAUGUGUACUUACAGAUUCUCGUGCUCGAAGCAGACCCGAUUCGCAGUAUGUACACAGAGCUCGACCGAAGCGUUUGAAGAACCGAUAACAACUGCGAUCUCCGCCCCGUGUGUCGAGCAUGUGAAUUUGUAAACAUAUACAGACUCGUCUCGUUGGAAGGACUAUAGUUACGAAUUUACGGUAGUCUUAGGUACAAUUUAGUGAUAAACAUGAAAUUAACGAAUAUGCAGUUGUCAGUGUAUCACUACGAAACGUAUACGAUUUUUAAUGUACAAACAAGAAAGAUAAAAAAAAGGGAUGAAGUAUGACCGCGUGACGAGGAUGUUAUAAUGGUAUCUCAUCCUGCUGGUGUGACUUGUGUUCGGGAUGAAAUAAUUUAUACUCGAACUGACUCUUUCAACCGUUCACUCGUUUCUUUUCCUUUUCGUUCUCGUACCCUUCCGUUUUCUUCUGCAAUACAUAUUUUCUAUGCUACCGACUGGCACAUUUUUAUACAUAUUUAAAAAUAAGAACCGCGAACACGGUGCUUACGAGUGUAAUUGAGUCAUAGUUCUCGUUGAAUACGCGAAAGACAGUAAUAUUUAUUUAUUAUCAUCUGCGUGAGUGGAUCGAAUCUAGUGUCGUGCUUGUUAACGAUCGAAUUGAAUUGCCUGGAUAUUUUGCAACGAUAUGAUCAAUUAUAUAUGUUUGACGUGGACGUUUUUGGUUUUCUUUUUUAUCUUGGUCCGUACCGUUUGCGAGCAAUUAACCAUAUUUGAUUAAAUGUGCCGCAACAAAGUGGACUGACUUUAUGCAUCUUCAACACAAAUCAUUAUCGUGGAUGACCUUAAUUAGUGAUAAAUAGAAGAAUUUUAAUUUUUAUCGUUGUAUAGUUGUGUAUAGAGGACAACUAAGUGUGUAAAAUAAAUCAUUAUCUAAAAGUCAAA